GUGGGGUGAGAAAGGGCCAUGUGUCCCCCUGGGGUGGGUCUCCAGGGAGGAUGCCUGUCCUACAGGAGCAAGGGUGGAGGCAGCUUGAUUUCGGCUGCCAUUGACCCAAGGUUGGAAUGAAAGAGAUUCCGGGACGCGAACAAUAUUUUUACAUUCCCCAUUGAUGCCCCAAGCGCAGAGGUCCCUGGGCUAGGAACUGCCAAGCCUAGAGGUGCCAGGGAUCAGCCUUUCCCUCGGCUUAGCUGCCCGGCUGUUUUCAGAAACAACUGGGGGCGGCGAAUUGAUUUUUUUAAAUUUUAAACCUACUGUCCUAGCUCCCAGCUUAGGCCAGGCCCAUGCGCUCUUCCCCUGGCUCUGUGCGCUCCUUUUCCCUGGCCAAAAAUUAACCAUCCCCACUAGGACUGCACCGUCCAGGACCCCUUUCCCCUGCGCAGCGGGGGGCUGCUUCCCCCUGGACACUCCUCUGGGAGAGCGAGCUAGCCCGCUCCCUGCGUUUAGGACAAGUUCUCCAGCCCGAUCGUCUCACCCCCUCGGCCGCUUUGCAGCCUCGAGAGCGCCCCUUGAGCGGACUUUGUUUCCCAGCUUUUUGUGGUUCGCAGGUGAAAUAGGCUGUCUGCAAACAGCUGAGUUCAAACGGCCUCGCUGGAGAAGGGGGCCUUUGUCAGCAGGACACAAAACGCUGAAUUCCUCCAAACUUUCUUAGGCGUGUUGGGGGGGGAAGGGGCGAUAUAGGGGCCUUUUCAUGGCUCGCUUUACCUCUGGCCGGGCUAAAUCUCUCCCCCUUCCCAAGCUCCCCCGAUAAUCCUUCCCUUUAUUUUAGAAACAUACAAAACCAGGUUCCACGCCGCGCUAUAGUGGCGCCCAGUGAAAGAGAACUGAGCUGCUCUGAAUCGCCGGAGGAAAAUUUGUUCUGCUGAAUAGCCCCGGAGAGGGGGCGAGCGCUUAAUCAGGGCAGGGGAUGUUCUGCCCUGGCAGCCAGGCCCCCGAAAACAGGUGGCCAUUGGGCCCUGAAUUAGACAAACAGCGAAGCCCCUACAGCCGCCGUUUGUAAAGCCCCUUCGGGCUCAAAUCGUUGCGGUUCAUAGCAAAGCAAACCCAACGCAGAGAAGCCCCACCGUUGCAAUACGGUAGCGUGGCUUCUAAACGAAACUCAGCUGAUGGAAAGGGGGCGAGUCACCAGCCCCAAAGCAGAGGGUCCUUCACCCCAGCGGGGCACCGCUGAGAGAUUUGCAAAACGCCUUGGCAGGGCGGGCGCUGCCCUGUUUCCUAAGCAAAAGCCCCAGCCCUGUCUCCUGAUCCUUGCCACGCCGUGCCCGGGUAUUUAAGGUUAAUCGCCGCGGUACACGGGGAGGAGAAUUAAACUUAGUUUAAUUAACAUUAAUAACACCGCCCUAAUUAACGGGCUGGCUAUUAAUGUCGACAUGCCGGGGAGGCUCGCGGAGAAGUGACAAUUUAUUGCAAUGGAGCCGGGCGCGGAUGCGUUGCCAGAAUAACUCGAGCAUGCUGGUGUGGUGGUUUGGUGUGUGUGCUUUAAACAACCCUCCUCCUUUCAAAGGAAAAAAAAAGUCUUGCUGCUCCCUCCCAGUGGCUUUUCUAACCCGAGCAGUAACUACAGCGCUUCUUCCUACCCGACUUGUGAAUCGCACUUGCCUUCUAAUUUGCCACAUGCAAAACGAUUCCUCCGCUUUGCAAGUUGCUUUUUCCCUUUUCCCCCCCUUUCCUUCCCCUUAAAGGCUGGCGGAUAAAUUGUGCGCCUUACACGGGCAGGAGGGGGCCCGCUGCACCUCGGUCCGGCGCUGGGGCGCAGGGAGGCUGCACCGUGGCCUCCCCGUGUCAUUCUGCUCGGAGUGACUUCGUGUGAUGUCAGCGUUCGGUGCCAGAGCCAGCGAGCUGACGCUCGGGAAGAUGUUGGCCAUCAAAAUGUGACAGUGUGGCCACUCCGCGCUGCUGGGACGCGUCUCGUCGGUGCUGGGCAAAGAACUGAGACCAGGAGCGCCCAGCCGGGCUCGCUGCUCGCCUCCUGCCCGCCAUGGCGAGCUCGGCGGCCGUGGAGACGGUCAUGCCCUCUGCUUGUCCGCGCCACGAAGGCAGGAGCGGAGCCUCCAACCCCUCCAAGACGCUGGCCUUCUCCAUCGAGAGGAUCAUGGCCAAGAGCACCGAGCCCAAGCCGGCCUUCGAGCCCAGACCAGGCGGGCUGGAGCCCGAGCCGAGCAAGAAGAGCCUGGGCCUGUGCCCGCCGCUGCCGUGCGUGCUGCCCAUCCCGCCGCUGUCCUACGAGGCGCACCCCAAGGCGCUGCUCGGCUACUCGGAGCUCUGGAAGGGCAGCGCCCUGCGAGGCCCGGCCGGGCUGUGCAAAGCCACCUGCGGCAUGUGCUGCAAGGCGGAGCUGGGCCUCGGGCACUCACUGCUGCCGGCCGGCCGCCUGAUCAAGCCCCAGGCCAUCAGCCAGGCGGCCGGGAUGCCCGGCCAGGGCUCCGUGUACUACUUCAACUACCUGGACUCCGCGUACCCCUCCGAGCUGCUCCCCGGCCAGCUCUUCCCUUCCAGCCUGCUGGGCGCGCAGUCCCCGGCCGACCUCCCAGCGCACCACAAACUUCUCCUGCUGGAGAGCGCCAAGCUGGCCGGGCUGGCGCCGGACAAGUUCCCCAGCGCCCAGUACCCGCACAAGGAGCGGCUCCCCGGCCAGCUGGACCAGGUGAUGAAGGAGAACACGGCUCUGGCCGGGGAGAGGAACGGGGUGAAAAGCCACAGCAAAGUCAGCAGCUCCGCCGACGGGAAGCCCAAGAACUUCACCUGCGAAGUGUGUGGCAAGGUCUUCAAUGCCCAUUACAACUUAACUCGCCACAUGCCGGUCCACACGGGGGCCAGGCCGUUCGUCUGCAAAGUUUGUGGCAAGGGCUUCCGGCAGGCCAGCACCCUGUGCAGACACAAAAUUAUCCACACGCAGGAAAAACCUCACAAAUGUAACCAAUGCGGCAAAGCUUUCAACAGAAGUUCCACGCUAAACACGCACAUUAGAAUCCACGCGGGCUACAAACCUUUCGUGUGUGAAUUUUGCGGGAAGGGAUUUCACCAAAAAGGAAACUACAAGAACCAUAAAUUGACCCACAGCGGCGAGAAGCAGUACAAAUGCACCAUCUGCAAUAAAGCCUUUCACCAGAUCUAUAACUUGACUUUCCACAUGCACACUCACAACGACAAGAAACCCUUCACGUGCGGCACCUGCGGCAAAGGCUUUUGCAGAAACUUUGAUUUAAAGAAGCACGUCCGAAAACUACACGACACCGCGACCCCUACAAAAGAGCUGCCCAGGAGUUUGCAAAGCUAAAAGCUCCGGUCGCUCAGCCGCAGAGAUUUCCACCUGCGUCCCAGAGUCCAGGACUCUCUCUGCCAACCAGCCGAUUUUUUAAAAACCAGCUUAGCAGGUGACUAGCAGCCAGAAUUCCGAGUCGCAUUUGUAUAUAAGAGGAAACUUAUUUAAAACUCCUUUGCCACUCAACUGCUGGGAUUUGGUUGUCUUGGGUUGAAGGGGGAACGGGUUUGUUUUAACUUAACUUCUCCCCAGGGCCUGUCUGUAAAAUAUGUGCCACCAGAGCCAUCUUUAUAUAUGUCUGUAAAAUUAAUGUACAAUCGAAUAAGGAAUAUACUAUAUAUAUAUAUAUGGGAUAAUAAAAAGUCAGUUAGGAGCCUUUUCCCGCCUUUUAAAAAAGCUGCUACUAACCCUUGAAUCGUUACAAAAAAAAUCUUAUUCAAGCCAGGGAACCACCGGAACGGGGUGGCCUCGAUCCAGCUGCCGCUCGGAUUUCGUUCUGCGCUGGGAAUCGCCGCCCUGGGCGCGUUUUGUUUCGAUUCUGGCAUUUUAGAUAGGGGGGAGGUGACCACGGUUUGCUAGCAGCAGAAGCCUGAGUGAGAAAUAAAACGCGAGACGCGAAAGAGCCUUUAAGAGCUGUACGAAAGAAUAAAGCAGCCGAGACCAGGUCCGGCCCUGCUUUCAGUGUCUCUAGCUGGAGGAAUCACCUGUUUGCUUUUUACUGCGGGCCUGGGCUAGUCUUUCUCCGCCGCGCGGGGGGUCCGCGCAGCCUGCAGGGACAGGAGUUUGCUGGAAAGCUGCGCUCUGCUAUCCGCCUUUCCCGGGGGAGCGGCGGGGCGAACCGCUCGCUGUAGUGCCUACAAGCGCGACCGGUGACUCCGGCCCAUGGAGCCAUUUCCCACCUAAUACGGCGCAGUUCUCCAAGCCCAGGGGAAGCGCGUGGGAAACCUGAGUUGCCCCCUUCUCUCCAGAGAGCCGGUUUGUUCUAAGUGGGGCUUUUUAGCACGCUGGGGCAGGCUGGGGCAGAGAGUGACAAAUAAAGGCAGGCGCGUAGCGAAGUGAAACACAAGCAAAGCGGCCAGGUUGCUGGGCUGUUCCUCUGCCGAGGCGCCUGCUCUACUCUCCCCU